AAGAUCACACUGAGUGACAACAAUGAUGAUGACCGGAAAAAGGCCAAGCGGGAGAGAGAAAGGAAACGGUACCAAGAAGAUGAGACAUAUGCCCAGGCACAACGGGACAGGAAGAAGACACGGUACCACACUGAUGAAGACCAUGCCCAGGCUGAGCGUGAUAGAAAGAAGGAACGGUACCACACGGAUGAAGACUAUGCCCAGGCUGAGCGUGAUAGAAAGAAGGAACGGUACCACACGGAUGAAGACCAUGCCCAGGCUGAGCGUGAUAGAAAGAAGGAACGGUACCACACGGAUGAAGACCAUGCCCAGGCUGAGCGUGAUAGAAAGAAGGAACGGUACCACGCUGAUGAAGAGCAUGCGCAGGAGAAGCGAGACCGCGAAAAGGAUAGAUAUCAUACAGAUCCAGAGCAGAGAGAUUUGA